AUGCAGAAACCGAGCUUGAACAUGAACCGCUGUGUCUCGAUCUGGCAGGACUGGCUCGCCUCCGCCACAUCCACGUGGCUGCGACCUGUCCACUGCGACGUCAACCCUAGAAAAACGGUUUCCCUCUUCUUCAGAAUUAAUUGCGACGACCAAAAGGAGUUCAUGGAUCACAUCGACGCUACCGCCGACUGGAAGAAGCUGGAGGACGCCCUCGCGGAUCGUGUGCGUCUGCCUAGGCUCCGGGUUGUCAACUUGAAUAUCCGUGGUAACGUCGUUCGCGGGCGCAAUGUACCUGACAUCGAGCUUUUCCGGCAGCACGUAAAGGAGAGGCUACUUUCUUCCCUCGACGUGGAGACUACAAUCCGGGUCGAGUCAGUGAUUGACGGCCGGUAG